UGCCUUUAUUCUUGACUCGAUCGGACGCUGAAAUUGUGCGGUGGGACUUUUCCAAUCAGCCAAAGUGAGCGGAAAGUAGCGGUGUGUGAGUGUGAGUGUGUAUGAGUGUGUGUGAGUGAGUGAGUGUACCGUUAUACCUGGCUCUCUCCGCCUAGCGGCACCGCGCACCGUGGACCGUUAUACGCUCCCAGCCUCACGCGCUCACUACUCCCUGUUUACUUUCCUUCACAUUUUGUAUAGUAUAUAAACUUUUCCUGUUCAAUCCUUUAUUUGUUUUUUGUUUUUUUUUCCCCCUCUAUCAGCGACUGUUUUCCCUGCGCGCGAGCUGAAACUUAUUUCCUCGCAGAAUGUACCUGUUUAUAGUUUAAUCUCCGCUUCGCCUCAAAACAACCUGUUUGUUUUAUACGUGGCCUCGAAGUUUUGUCACGAAACAAACGUGUGUGUGUGGAAAGCGUGUUUCCGUGAAGUUUGUUGGGUUUUCUUUUAAGUAGAAACUUAUCCGUGUACAAUGGGCUGUUCCGCUAUUCCGCUAUUGCCUGUGUACUGCGUGGUAGCAGGUAGCCAGUGUGCUAGCCACACUACACACUAUACACUACACACUACACACUGUCUCUCAGUACCAACAACCAAAAUAAACAUGUUCACAAAUAGAGCUAUGUCUCGUCUCUUUCUGUGUGAGAAUGCGGGAUUUCUGAGCUCGACCUCUGGCUUAAAGGUGUGUGCUUUCCCCUGACUAAACCGUUAGUCAGAUAACGGGAAACGCGUCGCUGUUUGGCUGAAGAAAAAACGGAAAGUCCUCAAGUGCUCAUUUGGCUGUUGUGCGGUUUUAUUCGAAACUUUGCGGGAAGUUGUGGAAGCUUGAGUAAGGGCGUGUCUAAGCCAUACAUCGUCCAUGAAGCAUCUCUGCAGCGCCGUUAGCGUGGAAGCCGUGAGAGUGAGUGAGUGCGUGAGGAACCUGUCUGAGGGCUGUACGUGUACGUGUGUGGCUCUGGGUGGUAACUGGAAGGAGAAAAGGAAAGGAAUCUGCGGGGCUGCACAACAACUGCAGCUCAGCCUAUAUAAGGAAUGCGCCGUGUAUACAUGCUGAGGAGAGAGUGCUGAGGGUCAGGCUGGCUGCGGGACAGGAGAGGACAGGAGAGGAGAAGACAGGAGAGGAGAGGACAGGACAUUACACCGGGACUCGACCACUGCUCAGCUCCUCACUUACUGCACGCGCUCGGUCAUCAUCUGCGUCUUGUUCUCACCAUUCCUGCUGUUUUUAUUGUUAUUAUUAUUCUAAUUUAAUCUAAUAACGACUUUGCGACUUAUUUCCGAUUUUAUUAUAUUACUCUGCAUUUAUGAGAUUCCUGAUCUGCAUCCAGGCGUCUUUAUGUAGGAGUUUGUUUGUUUGUAGGUUGGUUUGUUUGUUUGUUUUUCUUUUCUGAGAGCACACAUGAGUUGCUUUACUUUUAUCUAAGCUCUAUGUAUGUGUUUAUGCUUCUGAUACAAAUCUGAAAACUUGUCGCUACUACUUGAUUUAUCUUUAGACUUUGUCUUUCAGAUAGAAAGCCCGAGGUCCUGCGCCUGUGUGUGUGCCACUUCAGAAAUAGCGGUGUGUGUGUGUGUGUGUGUGUGUGUGUGUGGGUUCCGUUUCCGCCAUGCGCUCCCUGGCGGUGCUGUCCGCGCGCAGCUUUCUUUCAACUGAUCCGAGGCAUAAAGCCAUCGCUCAGGGUUUAUCAAUGGGAAAACAUAGACGUCCUGUAUUUUUUUCAGUGCUGUGCAUCUGAUUGGUUUUCGCUCCAACUCACGGACGCAGACGAAAAUCGUUUCCAUCCGUUUUGCAAGGUGUUGGAAGGCAAGGCGUUGCACCAAAUGUCAACUUGUGCAGUGAGUAACUACAGCCAUGUACUGGAAGGCCAGUCAGACUCUGAUGAUGAAGAUAAGCUCCAUAUCGUGGAGGAAGACGGGACCCCCGUGGAUGGAGCUGAUGGUGACAGCGUUGCCCACGACGAUGAUGCCAAUGGCCCUGAGGACCGAUGGGAUGAAGUGAAAGAGGAGUGUGUGUCAGAGGAGGAUGAGAGGAGUAGGGAUGCUCUUGUUGAGGAAAUGCUUCAGCAGGGAGACACGGCCGUCAUCUUCCCGGAGGCACCGGAAGACGAACCACGCCAGGGAACACCGGAGACCAGUGGCCAUGAUGAGAAUGGCACACCAGACGCGUUUUCUCAGCUCCUCACCUGUCCCUACUGCUCUCGCGGCUACAAGCGCUACACGUCUCUGAAGGAGCACAUAAAGUAUAGACACGAGAAGAGCGAGGACAACUUCAGCUGCUCACUUUGCAGCUACACUUUCUCCCACCGCACACAGCUCGACCGACACAUGAGCGCACACAAAGCAGGCAGAGACCAGCGGCAUGUAACCCAAACAGGGGGUGGAGGAAACCGUAAGUUUAAGUGCACUGAAUGUGGCAAAGCCUUCAAGUACAAACACCACCUGAAAGAACACCUGCGUAUCCACAGUGGGGAGAAGCCAUACGAGUGCCCCAACUGUAAAAAGCGUUUCUCUCACUCUGGCUCCUACAGUUCCCAUAUCAGCAGUAAGAAAUGCAUCGGCCUCAUUUCCGUCAACGGCCGGCCACGACCCUCGCCAGCCACAGGAGGCACCAAAACCCCUCAGUGUCCUUCACCAUCCCUGCCCUCCUCCCCCGCCACUGCCCGGACUCAGAUCCAGGACAAACUGGACCAUAGUAAACCCCUGCAGGAGCAGCUCCCGAUCACACAGAUUAAGUCUGAGCCAUUGGACUAUGAGUACAAGCCUGUGGUAGUUGCCCCGGCUGCCCCUGGAGGAGUAAACGGGGUUUUCCAAGGAGGGGCAGCAGCACCACUACAGGGGGCAGUGCAGGCUGUGGUCCUCCCCACUGUAGGACUGGUCUCCCCAAUCAGCAUUAAUCUAGGGGAUUUGCAGAACAUGCUAAAGGUGGCAGUGGAUGGGAAUGUGAUCAGGCAGGUGUUGGAGAAUGCCCAGACCAAAGGCCAGCCUGCAAGCACCGGCAGAGUGGCUAUUGCACAGGCUCCUCAGCAAGUCAUCCAAGCCAUCAGUCUUCCCAUUGUUGACCAGGACGGUACCGCCAAGAUCAUAAUCAACUAUAGCCUUGACCCAUCGCAGACUCAGGUAGCUCUGCAGAACUUGAAGAAAGAGCCAGUGGGGCAGAAUACAGACUCCUGCAAGGCUGAACGACUACCUGAGGACCUGACGGUUAAAAGCAAGACAACCAGGGACAAAACCACCAUCACUGUGGAUGAAGAAUGGCAGCAGGAGAAGGGCAAACUCUACAAUCACACGACAAACAAACACUGUGGCAAGGAGGAACAGGAGGUUAACGGAACACACUUGGAGGAAAAGCCUGAAGCAGAUGUUGAACUGUGUCCUGGGCAGCCCCCACUGAAGAACCUUAUGUCCUUGCUUAAGGCUUACUUUGCCUUAAACGCAGAACCUACCAAGGAGGAGCUGGCAAAGAUAUCCGAGUCAGUCAAUCUCCCUACUGAUAUUGUCAGGAAGUGGUUUGAGAAGAUGCAGAAUGGGCAGAUUCCAAUGGAGGUCUCUACAGCCACACCCCAGACUAACGGGAUAGACAUUAAUGGCACUCCGGAGGAAACCCCCAAUCCGAUGUCAGAGCAGGACAGCAAAAGGAACCAAGAGGAGGAGGAGGAGAUGGAGCUUCAUAGCCCAGCAGAAGGCACUACAGCUGGGAUAAGUGGAACAGAAAAUGGCCCCACAUCCCCUUUACCACUAAAUCUAUCUGCAGAUGGGCCUGUGCCAGCCCAGACUGCGGAGGAAGGAGAGGGACCGCUUGAUUUGUCUCUCCCAAAAUCUGUAGCGGCAACAAAUACAACCAGCGCUCACUCUGUUUACUCAGCUCAGGACGAGCCUCUGAACUUGGUUUGCACAAAGAAGGAAGUGCUCAGCAAUGCAAGCACCAGCACUGCCAUCUAUGCCAGCCAAACAAGUGCCAAUUCCCUGAACAUUGUGACCACUCAACUGCCCACCCUCGUGGCUAUCGCCAAGCAAGGCCCCGGGCAGUGCCUGCGCACCCUCACCACCACUAAACAGACCAUCUUAAUCCCACAGCUGGCCUACACCUACACCACUACAGCCUCCAGCCCAGCAGGGGGUGACACACCACAGAAGGCCAUACUGCAUGUCAAUGGCGUCAAGGAGGAGAAGCAGGAGGCCGGUUCAGAGGUGGCUUCAGUGCUGGAGGAGCAGACAGACUCAGACUCUGGGCCGGUGAGGAAGAAGAUGAAGAAGACUGAAAAUGGCUUGUAUGCCUGUGACCUGUGUGACAAAAUCUUCCAGAAGAGCAGCUCGCUGCUUCGGCAUAAAUAUGAACACACAGGUAAACGUCCUCACGAAUGCGGGAUCUGCAGCAAAGCUUUCAAACACAAGCACCACCUGAUCGAGCACCUGCGUCUGCACUCGGGAGAAAAGCCGUACCAGUGUGACAAGUGCGGCAAGCGCUUCUCUCACUCCGGCUCCUACUCGCAGCACAUGAACCACCGCUACUCAUACUGUAAGAAGGAGGCACACGGCCAGAACCAAGUGCAGAGGGACGAAGAGGAGGAGAACCCCAACGAAGAGCAGCCUGGAGCAGCAAGCACCGCCGCCUCGCCCCCAUCUCAGGUGGACUCGGAUGAACGAGGGAGCAGCGCCAGGGAGGACGAGGAGAGCGAGGAGGAAGACGCGAUGGGCUCGGGGAGCGUGGUGGACGAGGACGAAAUUCAGGUGGUCAGGAUCGGUGAGGAAGGAGGAGAGGAUGAGGAAGACACCGGAGAGCAGUACAGGAUGGAGGAGAUGGACACAGGAAAUGAGGAGGCGGUUAGGGAGAAUGGAGGACAUGAGGAGGGUACAGUGGAAAGUCAAGAAGAGGGAGAAGAAGAUGGAGAGAUGAUGAAGGUCGUGGUGAUGCAGGAUGAUGAGGAAGAUGAAGAGCAGACAGAAAACACAGAAGUGAUGGACAUGCAGGAAAACACAGGAGAGAAAAAAAACGAGAAUGAAGGAGAAAAUGUGAAGGAGGAGGGUGGAAAUGAAGGAAACACACCCAGUGAAAAUGGAGAUGUGAAAUGAAGAGAAACCACAUCAGGGCUUUUCUCGCUCUUAUUCUUUGCUACUUAGUUUUACAAAAACGUUACUAAUUUGAACAAAGACUGCAGAUGUGGCUGCUUCAAGAGGAUUGCAGGAAAUGGUGAAAGAAGGAAGGAAGAGAGCGAGAGCACAGGAGCUCUGCCAUUGCAUUUUAUCCCACUACUGUGUAUAAAACCCUUUGUGUGCCUGAUUAAAAAAAACUAGUGUUUUUUCCACAUAAGGACAAUUUUCAGUGUUUAUGGUUUGUAUAAAUACAAAGUUUAAUGAAAAAAAUGACACAUAUACAGACUGAAAUCUAGACACGUUUUAGCUAAUAACGUUUUAUUACUAAAACACCGUGGGUUUCUUUUUAUCAGUGUUACUAAUUUUUUUUGUCACUCUUGUUUAAACCUUAAAAAAGCUGUACAGUUGGGAGAGAUUUCUAUACAUUUUUAUUGCCAAUGAACAAAACUCAGUAUUUUAUUGCAUAUGAAGGAAAAAAAAAAGAUCCUGUGCACUACCAUGCUCCCAGUUUACUGAUGAACACCUCUGUGGGCCUUGUUUAAUGUCUACCUUUCAGUAUUAAUACUCUCGAGCUAACCCACGUGUCAUGCUAGCCUACGCUAGCUCAACAUCUGUCUGUUUUGUUUGGAAAUGGUCUGUGAGCCUUAAACGUAAGAAAAAAAUGGGGGUGGUACACAAUCCUAGAUCCAAAAAAAAAAAAAAAAAAAAAACAUUAAGAUUUUAAAGAACCGUCAGUAAGUAGAUGGGUCUACUUUGCCCCCCCGCUGCCCCCCCCGCUGCCCCCACACCCCCUCUUAUGCAAAAGCAUGCAUGUGUUAAGUGCCAUUGCACAGAGCUGGUGCACUUCUCUCACACUCUUCUUCAACAGCAUGUUCCCAAUGUGGUAGCAAACCUGUGACCCUUGACCCUGAACCACUAGUCCUAAGCCAAGGACUGUUCCUGCCUCUUUAAGGAACAAAUGAAUUCUUACGAACAGUCAGGAAUCAAAGAACAAAACGUUUCCAGCUCUGAAGUGUUUCUGCUUCCCCUGUUUGAUGCACUUCUUCAUCUGAUUAACUGCGCAUUCACUUUUACUUCAGGUAUUAAAUACGAACCCACCAUUACCUUUCACCUCUAGUUUUUUUUUCUUCUACUUUCAUAACAGUCAGUAUUAAAUUUUUGUUUGAUUUGUUCUGUUUGUUUCUCAGUGAACAUUGUGUAAUGUUUGUUUGCAGUCAUGGCAGUAUUAUUUCCUCACCCUCUUCAUCAGUAUAAGUUUAGUUUUAGAGACCUUUUAUAUUUAUGUGUCUUAUUUUUUUAUAUUUUUUUUCUUUAUGGUUAUUUAUUACACAGUGUAGUGUACAAUAUUGUAGUUUGUAUUAAUACAAUAAUAUAUUUUAGUAUGAAGAAUAAUUUCGAAGAAUGAAUGAAUACAAAGCUAGGGAAAGUUCUCUGGCAUUUCAAAGUGUUUUAAAACAGAAAGAGUAUUAUUUUCACAUUUUCAAUUAUUUGAAUCUUUUUAAACAGACACCCAGUAUUUGAAAUAUUGGAGAUUUCUCUUCUCACAUUGCCCAUCGUUGUGUUACUUUCCCCGCUAGACUUGGAAGCUACUGAACAUUGAUAAUUUAAUUGUAUGCUACACGUGCAGACAUCCUUAACCACACAACUGUGCUACAAAGCCAAAAUGUUGCCAAUGAGGAAGUUUUUUUUAAUGUUUUAUUUGUGCCAGUGUGUAAACAGCAUGGCCACAACUUGUUUUAUAUGUCCCUGUUUUAAUCUGUGGUUAUAUAUUUUUUAUAGAUAGGUUUUCUUUUUUGUUUGUUUGGUUGGUUUGUUUUUUAUGACUCCCCGUCUCACAAUAAAAUAAAUCAAGAAUUCACAGCU